AUGGUAAGUCGCAUGCCAGAACCCGCCUUCACAUGUGAUGCUCUGCAAACACUCCUCGCGUAGUCUUGCUAACGCCCACUCCUCUUGCUCCUCCAGGCCUUCUACUACGACGACUCCGAUCCGAUGGCCAUGUUCCAAAGCGGCAUGCGCCGCGGCGUCGGCGGUCGUCCGCGCCGCUUCGACGAAUACUAUCGCUGCUAUCCCAUCGCCAUGAUGCCCGGUCCCGAACGAGAAGCCGCCAACCACGGCGGCAAGAUCUUCCUCCCCGCGUCCGCCCUCGAUAAGCUGACGCAGCUACACAUUACAUACCCCAUGCUCUUCGAGGUCAUCAACGGCAGUAGGGGCUCCAUGACACAUGCUGGUGUUCUGGAAUUCACGGCUGAGGAGGGAAGAUGUUACUUGCCGUACUGGCUCAUGACGGUUCUGGGCUUGGAGCCUGGUGAUUUGGUCCAGACGAAGAGCACGGAUCUACCGCUGGGCCAGUUCAUCAAAUUACAGCCUCAGAACGUCAACUUUUUGGACAUCUCGGAUCCGAAGGCGGUGCUCGAGACUGCCUUUAGGAACUUCUCUUGCUUGACUGUGGGAGAUGUCUUCACCUUCUCAUACAAUGACACGGUCUAUGAGAUUGCGGUGCUGGAAGUCAAGCCAGAGGGAAGUCAGAAGGCUAUCUCAGUGCAGGAGACGGAUUUGGAGGUGGAUUUUGCGCCGCCGGUGGGAUAUCAAGAGCCGCAAAAGGGUGUCAGCGGGACUAGCACUCCGCGUAGCGUCAGCAGCGCCAUGGCAGGCAAAGGCGGGAUGAUGCACACCGAGGGUACCAUGGCACAGGCGAUCAAUUACUCCUCUAUCGCUCCAUCUUCAGACGCUGCGGCCAAAGGCCACGACCACCGCGCAUCGCACUUUGCUGGCUCAGGCAAUCGACUGGUGCCGAAAAAGGGCAAAGGAGGUGCUGCCGCAACUCCGGUCUCCACACCUGGCACAGCGACUCCCGUUCAAGGCGCCACUCCAGGGUCAGUGAGCAUACCCGGCAUGGGAGGCAAGUCAAAGUCGCGACCGCGCAAUGGCCCACAACCACUGCGACUGCCUCCCGGAAAGCUCUUCUUCGGAUACGAAGUCAAGCCGUUGCGAAAUAAGGAUGCCGAGGCGCAGGCGGAGCAGGAGGAGAAGCACUACUUCACGGGCGAAGGCCAGACUCUGCGCAAGAAGAAAGAUCAGAAGUGA